AUGGCGUCUCCAUUGUCUCCUGUUGGCGAGGCAGGCAUGAACAGGGACACGCCUCCCAGCAAGAGGAAGUACGAGCAGUACGAGGCGCGCGUUUACACCUCCACGUGCACCACUGCGACGGGCGCGAGCGAUUGCGGCACCGAACCUCUAGAUGGCUCCCGACGGUCGUCGCCAUUAGUGUCUUCGGUCAAGGAGACCAGUGCUACGGACCAGGAGAACAUGUCCCCGUCAAAAGCGCGGCAUUGUCGUGUCAUUUCCGGGACGGAGCUGUCACCGCUCAAGAUCUUGGGAGACCCGAAGAGCACACUGAGCGGCUCCAUGGGACCGCCGCCCCAGCGAAGCCCGAGAAAGGUGUCGCCGGUGGCGAGGUUUCCCGUCAAGAUCAGCCCGAGGGGGGAAGAUGCCGGCGGGACGGCCAUGAAGGGGAGGAAGGUUAGCGUCGAGGACAUGGUGAGAAGCAAUGAGGGCCUGAAGACGGCGAUUGAGAUAUUCGAGGACGAAAGCGAGCCUCGCGCGGGCGCAGUUGCGGAUGCGGAUGCGGAUGCUCAGGUGCGGCCCGGCGAGCAGGAGGGCGACGAGGCCGCCGGGCCGGAUGAAUCAAUCGUCAGCACGUUUAGUACCUUCUCGGUGGUGCCCAACUUGACGGUGUUUGCGAAGCUGGGACAGAGCCCGACGAGGAGUGGGCUUGACGGAUACACGCCUCGAACAAAGCCGCCGCAGGAUUCCUUUGCCCGACCGGCUUCUCCGUCGGGCGGCGGUGGCGGGAACACGACGAGUCUGUUGAUGGAUUUCACGGACCAGAUGCGCUUUCCGCAGCAAAGGUCGCCCUGUAAGCGAGGCGACUUGUCGCCGUCGCGAGCGGUCCCUGGUCUCUCCGAGACGCCCAGUCGUCAAGUCGCCAACCUGAUUGAUUUUGAUAUCCCUCCCAUGCCGACACCCCGGAGUCUCCCUUCCAUCACACCUCGUGAGCUGGAGUCACUCAAGUCUGGGUUCUUGUCGGAAAUCAGCUCUCUCAAGGCGUCUCUGAGCGGGAAAGAAGCAGAGGUCCGCUCUCUCAAGGCCGCAGUUGGCGAUGCCGAAAAGCGCGUGGGCGAGUCGAUGGAGCAGUUACGCGAGGAGCGCGGUCUCAAGGAGCAACUGUCUGCGGAAAAGGAGGGCUGGGCAAAGCGCGGACGCGAGAUGGAGAGCGUCCUCCGCAAGAUCAGGGAGGACGCCAUGGCGGGCCAGCGCGAGAGGGAAGAACUGGAGCAGAGACUCGAGGAGAGCGAGAAGCGCAGAGAAGCGGCCGAGAUGCUGCACCAAGAGGCCGAGAGCAAAAUGGCGGGCAUGCGCGCCGGAAAGGACGUCGAAAAGGCAAAAGACGCGCCUGGCUCUCCGGAAAAGGCCAGGGCCGCGUCGACCAAGGAGGUAGAAAUCGCCGUGGAGAGGGUGGCCAGAGAGCUUCACACGCUGUACAAGGGCAAGCACGAGACCAAGGUCGCGGCGCUGAGGAAGUCGUACGAAGCCCGCUGGGAGAAACGCGUCAGGGAGAUGGAGGCGCGUGUCGAGGAGCUGAGCGAGGACAACGCCAGCCUUCGCGAGAGGCACGCAACGGACGCGACGAGGGCGGAGCCCGAGAGAACGCGGGCCGAGGAGCGCAGGGCGCAAGCGGCCAGAGACAGCGCGGCGAUGAAGGAACUCCAUGCGGAUAUUCAGCGGCUGGAGGCUGUGAUUUCGACGGUCAAGAAGGACAAUGCCGAGUUGAGGACCAUGCUGGAGAGGGAGAGGGUUGAAAAGGGGGAGUUGGUGCAGCUGGCAGAGGAGAUGAUGUCCAUGCAGAGCUUCGUUGGGGGUUCGCAGCAACAACGUGCGCAGCAGCAGCAGCAGCAACAGCAGGAACGGGCUGAUUUGGCAAAGACGCCCAGGGCAUCGAGAGAUUAUGCAAAAUAUAGCAGUGCUGGGAGGCGUGGCGGCUCGGGAAUAAGGGCGCCUGGGUCGGCGAUCCCGCCGCCGGGGCACCUGGGCAGGGGGGGUGGCGGGUUGCCGCGGCCGGGGAGGAGCGGGAUCAUGAGUUCGAUCGAGAAGAUGGGCAGCUAUCGGGGGAGAGGGCAGGAUUAG